CUAUGCGACAGCAUACGCGCAGUCGCCCAUUGCUGAAUGAAAACGUGGUAGUUGUUCCGACUAUCGGAUUUCCAACUUCGUUUUGCUAGAAAACUGUCACCACACAUUUAGUGGUAUUUGUUAUUGUGUUAUACAUUUUGAAAAAUUCAACUACCUAUAAAGAUAUGCCUGCGCUUACACGGUUUCCUUCGACCGUGUGAAAAUUAAUUGAAUUAUAAAUACGUGCAAGUAUGACAUCAGUUUCAUAUUUUAGAACAUUAAUUCUAGGUACUUGUAAUAUGCUUCAUAAAGGUCCACGUCCAUUAGUUUUGUGUGGUCCUUCAGGAAGUGGCAAAAGUACGCUUAUAAAGAAACUUUUCGAAGAAUUUCCAGAUACGUUUGGUUAUUCUGUAUCUCAUACAACUAGAAGCCCCAGAGAGGGUGAAGAAAAUGGAAAACAUUACCACUUUACUACUAAGGAUAAAAUGCAAAAGCAGAUAGAACAGAAUGAAUUUCUUGAGACUGCGGUAUACAGUGGGAAUAUGUAUGGCACCAGUAAACGUGCAGUAGAGGAUGUACAAGAAGCAGGCAAAAUUUGUGUAUUAGAUGUUGAUGUGCAAGGUAUAAAACAAAUAAAACAAAGCUCUUUGGAUCCUUUUUAUAUAUUUAUUAAACCACCAUCUAUCGAGGAAUUGGAGAAAAGGUUAAGAGCUAGGAAAACAGAAACUGAAGAUACUUUGCAGCGAAGAUUAGCUGUUGCUAGAACAGAGAUAGAAUAUGGAGAGAAGCCUGGUAAUUUUGAUAUAGUGAUUGAAAAUGAUAAUUUUUCUAAGGCAUAUGAGGAACUAAAAAAAUUUGUGAUAUCAAACCUGAAGCAAGGUGAAACAGGAUAUUAAACAUAUGUUUUCUAAUAGUACAUUCUUCUUUAAAGUUAAAUUAUAAUUAUUUUUGUAUAUUAUCGUGUAAAUUGUAAUAACAGAUAAUUAUAAUAGUAUCAAACGUGCCGAUUUCAUGCUCGAAACUUGAAAGAUGAAAGAAUAAAUUUAACGAAAUAAUUUUAUACAACACUAAAUUGACUUUCAUAGAGUAAAUAUACACAGGAUCCUAUAAGUUUAUUAUAUGCAUUAAUAUAAGUGUUAAUAUAAAAAUACAAAUUAAUGUCAUUUAACUAUCGCAAAGCAAAGAUUAAGAAUUUAUAAUUUAAAAUAAAAUUAUGAAUAAGGAAACAGGAAUAUGCAGAAUGUUUCGAUUUAGUGUUUAAAGAGAAUGAUUGUAUGUAAAGUCAUAUGUUAAGUUAUUUUUGUAAUUUAUUUUACAGUUCUGUAAAUAUUUUUACUCAUACGAUUCGAGUAGUAAACAUGUAGUACAGUAUUUACAUACAUAACAGUAAGUUGUAUAGAUUCAGUGCAAUUUUGUUACUCUAAUAUUUUAAUAUACAGAGAAAGGUGUGAAAUAGUUUUAGAUUAAUGAUAUCUUGCCGAAUGUACACAAAGAACAGUCAAUUUAUGUGAACAUAGAAUUUUAGUAUGGGCUAGAUAUCUAAAAAGAGAAUUGAAAAAUUAAUAUAAUGUUUUAGAUGUAGCUAACUGAGACUAUUCACCAGACGAAGUUGUGUUCCAAUAGUGUAGAUUACUUAUAAAGUACUUGUGGUUUUGUCCUCGUCAUAGUAUAAUUAUUACAGUAUCCGAAAUUCAUUCAUAAAUUCAAUUACACCUAAAUGUAUCAUAUUGCCAUUUUAUCAGAAAGAAAGGCAUCACCUAAACAUUCCUGUUCGCCUUUUUUUAAACAUAUUUCACAUGUUUUUUUUAUUUGUUCGCCAAUAUUUCUAAAAAAUUAUAUUCGAUAUUUCCAACAUACUUUCAUGCUAAAUGAAAAUCAACACUUUCGAAACAAUUACCAUCACCAUCGUUUCAUCAAUUCAUCACAUUUGUACAUUGUUUAUGCAUUCUAACAUUAUCUAAAUCAUUUUAUUUAUCGAAUAUCAGCAUGUUGUUGCUUCCAUGAGCGCAAAAAUAAAAUUACAUAUUUUCCUAUAUGUGUAUGUAUGUAUGUAUAUAUAUAUAUGCGGUGUUAUCGCUUGUUAGUACAUGUACAGUUGCAUAAAUGUGAUGAUAAGGUGAUGUUUAAACGAACAAGGCGUAGCGAAAUAUCUAUAUGUUGUUAUAUAGAAAAUUGUAUCGUUGUUGUAUCAUACUAUAUUAAAUAAAUAUUUCAACUACA